AUGGGAGUCCACGCCAGUGAAGAAGAAGGCGGUGAACUCCAUCAAUCUGAUAGAUCAAAGAAACUAGAUGCAGCCCUUUUCGAAGAAUUAGUAAUGGAUCCAAAGACUAACAGACUUAUCAAUGGUCCAUGGAUGAUCAAAUUUUACGCCCCAUGGUGCGGUCACUGUAAGAGACUAGCUCCAAUUUGGGAUGAUUUUGCUGAUAGAUAUGGAGAUCAGAUUAAUGUUGCUACUAUUGACUGUGAUAGAAGUGAGGCCUCAAGUGUCUGCAGUCAAUUCGAUGUCAGUGGAUAUCCAACAGUCCUACUUCUAAAAGGAAGAUUCUUCUAUAAAUAUAGAGGUGAUAGGUCAGUAGAGGCUCUAGGGGCAUUUGCACUUGACGGUUAAUACGAAGAUGCAGAGAAAGAAGAUCUCCCAAGAAAGAUGGAGGGAUUCGAACUCUAUCAAAAGUAGUUCCAAAAGUUCAUUAACCAACUAUCAAGAUCAGUAAUCAUUAUGUUUGAUAAGAUCGGAUUCGGUGGCCUUCCUCAUGGAGUUAUGUACGGCAUUGCUGCAUCAACAUUCAUUAUCCCAAUCGUUUUGAUGUGCUGGGUUAUUUGCUGCAUGAAGGAUGAUUACGUCGAUGUUGAAGAGAAGAAAGAAGAGAAAAAGCCAUCAAGCAGCAGAAGAGAAAAGAUUGAUUGA